UGGAGAAAGCCGGGGGGUUUUUUGGUUGCAAAAGUCGGCGGCGGAUUGUCAGGGCGCCCGCAUUUUGCCAAUCCGACUUCGCUCACUUUUCUAUCUUUCCAGAACACUCGGCUUCCGUUUCGCUGUCCGCAUUGCUUCUUCUAAGCCAGCCACCUUCCGCAGCUCGAAACGUGACUACUACACCACAUACAAGUAUAUAUCUUCGUCUCCUCGCGACCUGCUUUCUUCGAGUAGCAUAGCUAGCUACCAGAUAACAUGACCUCUUUCAUCGUUCCCCCGGGACAAAUGCGCACGCUUCGCGCGUGCAUGGUGUGCUCCGUGGUCAUGCCGCAGAACAAAUUCAAUCGCGAAGGCUGUCCCAACUGCGACCAUGUCCUGCAACUCCGCGGCAACAACGAUGCGAUCCAGGAGUGCACGUCACAGGUCUUUGAAGGGUUAAUAUCUAUCGUGGACGAGCGGCAGAGCUGGGUCGCGCGCUGGCAGCGUUUAGAGGGGUAUGUGCCUGGCACUUAUGCCAUCAAGGUCACGGGCACGCUGCCCACUGAGACAGUGGCGUCUUUGGAAGAUGCUGGGAUCAAAUAUAUUCCGCGAGAUGGAAGUGCAAACGAAGAAGAAUCGUGAAACAGCUAUGAUGGUCGAGAAAAGUUAUUUGGUAUAUACGCAAUGGUUUUUUAUUAGACAUGGUCCUGUCUCGGUUCGGUGUUCGGGGGUUGUCUGGAAUGGCGUUAAACAGCGUGUGAUAAUUAAGGUCUCAAACAUUUGAAAUUCAGCUCAUAGCCAACAAGAGCCCUCCAGAGAUUAUCCAGGAGAGAGAAGCUUAGCAUUUACACCUGCGGUAAAAUUUGAACUACCAAUUAACUAUAUAGCAUCGAUACCAACGCCACGAGUCAUUGCUCGGUAUUUCCCAAAAUAAUGG